AUGGAAAGAGGUGGUAGGGUUUUGGGAUAUGGAAUAUCAGCAAAGAAUAUGAGUUCUCCUCCAAUAUCAGCCAUUGAUCGAUUUUUGUUUGGUCAAAAGAACAAAAAGAUUGUGGUUUCUAGGGAAUCACAUCAUGAGUUUUACUCUAAUCCUUACCCAUCCUCUUAUGGAAGCUUCUUGGGCAAUGAUGUUUGUGAUUAUGGUACUACUGGUGGUGAAGCUGGUAUGGGAAGCUUUCAUACCAUCAGUUUCAUGGAUGGGAUUCAGAGUGGUCUUGAUUCCGAAGACAAAGCGAGGGGAGGGAGUGGUGAUUUCUCCACACACUUGAUCAAAGGACAGUGGACUGACGAAGAAGACAGGAAAUUGAUUAGGUUGGUGAAUCAAUUUGGAGUGCGAAAAUGGGCUCAGAUAGCCGGGAAGAUUCCGGGUCGUGCUGGAAAACAAUGCCGUGAAAGAUGGCACAACCAUCUUCGCCCUGAUAUCAAGAAAGAUAAUUGGAGUGAAGAAGAGGAGAAUCUGCUAAUCGAAGCUCAUCAGAGGCUUGGAAACAAAUGGGCGGACAUUGCUAAGCAAAUCCCGGGAAGGACUGAAAACUCCAUCAAGAAUCACUGGAAUGCCACUAAACGCAGACAGAACUCGCGGCGCAAGAACAAGAAAAACGGAACAAAAAAUGGGAAGCUGCGACCAUCCCCAUUGCAGGAGUACAUCAAGGCCACAUCAUCUCAAGAACCUCCUAAUAAUAACUCCGCCAACUCAUAUCACAGCACCACCGUGUCGAAGCCAAACCCUAGCAUGUCGUCGACAUCGGUCUCCAAAGGCUCAUUACUCAGUAUCAUGGACCUUGCUGUUCCUCAAUCUCCUUCGGAGGACUCGACUUGCAUUAUCACAGAAACAUGUGAUGAGGAGUUGAAGUUCAUGCAAUCCCUUUUUGCAACUGAAUCCGAGUCCUCUGGGAAUGAUAAUAAAGAAAUGAAGAUGGUUCAUGAUGCAAUUAUGUCGAAAGACGAGAGGCCUGAUCUGAUGAUGAGGCCGGACCAUUACCUAGCUUCUUUGUGGGCUAGUGAAAUCACAUCUUCUGCCAGUACCAAUGCAGCUUAUGAUCAAGGAUGCAAUAAUGAGUAUGAAGAUCUGACGCAGCUGAAGAAGGAAAUGGAUUUGAUUGAGAUGGUUUCGUCUUAUCGAAAUUCCCUCUGA